CAGCUUUGCGCGUUUGAGGGGCAGAGACACACGCGCGGCGCGGAGAGAAGCAUGCAUCGAUUCUCGAGCUGUUUUUUUCGCAGCUUUUUCCGUUGAUCUUCUCGGUUUCGACAAGCAAGCGACAGUGUCUCGCGACCUCUCCAAACGCAGGAAACGCGGCUCUCUCUUUCGUUGCCUUUUGAAGACUCAACUUUCUCGUUAUCGCUUCUGCGUUUUUCUGCUUCCCGACUUGGACCGCCCGGGUCGUGACACACCUCGCUUCCCCCGCACUCAAGGCGAGCGGCCUCUUUUCUCCCCUCGCAAAACCGGCAGCCGUCCUUGAAACAAACUUCUUUCUCCCUUGGCCGACCUCUUUUUCUCUUCCCCUAGUCAGGUUCCGUUUGUUCUUCGCUCUCUGCGGCGUUCCUCGCUUCUCACCCUCGUCUCCCCUGUCCUCAAAACGAGGAGACACUCGCUUCUCGGCAAGGCCUUCUCUUCGUCGCAGGUCUCGCUUUCAGGGCGUUGAAUUCCGGUGCUUUAAGUUCUUUCCUUCUCCUCUCGUUCCUUCUUCUCCUUCUUCUCUUUCUCCUCCUUCUUCUCCUUCUCCUCCUUCUCUCCGCUCUUGACUUCUUGACGGGCAAAGCCGGCCUCUCCUUUCCUCUCUCCAGUGGAUUCCUGUCGCGUCUUCGCCGUCUUUCCCUACUUCUCCACCUCUAUCCUCUUCUCUGCUUCUUCUAUCUCUCGUUUUUCUCUCUGUGUCGGUCCAAACUGUGUUUGCCCCAGUGGAUGGAAACGCCUGUCGCUAUGUGAUGGAAAAGAAGCAGCGAGCGAAAAAGGCGUUUCCUCUUCUCCAGAGAGUCAGGUCGUCUGAGCACGAGGAAGAGGCCUCCUCUGCGUUGCACACCUCGUGAAGAUCUCGGCGAAAAUGAAGAGCCUGACGUCCAAAGGCGUCGCUGCGCGCUCUUCGGAGACCGUCGGCGAGGCCGCGAAGCAGACGCCAAAGAGGUCUGGAGGCAAGAGCGGCCGGCCGCGUUCUGGACUGCGGAGUCGCGAAGGAGGAAAGCAGAGCGACAGUCACGCGCUCUCAAGGAGCGAAGGUGCUAAGGUUUCUGCGGCGUCGCGCGCCUCUGCCGCAGGUCGCUCCUCUGUGCAGAGAGAGCGAGGAGGGGAGAAACGCCGCUUUCGGAGGACGGACCCCAGGGGGAAGACAAUCCCCGGUUCCUCCGCAGAGACCGAGGCGUCGAGGCCUCGAGGCAGCAGCUCGAGCUUCUACAGAAAGAACGGAGGGCGAGACGGAGAGAGACGCGCAGUUGCAGUCGGCGACAACAGUCGGCGAGAGCGCGGCUACGGAGCUCCCAAGACUGAAGAAGAACGAGCAGCCGAGAGAAAAAGGAGUGUCUUCGUUUCCAAUCUCCCUCCCGAUGCUUCGCGGGAAGAGCUGGAUGAGCUCUUCCGAUCUUUCGGCUCCCUCGCAACGAUCAAACUCGUCGGCUCAGCUGCAGACGACCGCAGCAAAGAAGGAAAAGGCAUCACUCGGUCGGCCUUCGUCAUCUUCAAAGAUGAAGCUUCGGCACAGCAGGCGCUGACAGCCUAUUCUGCUGCGCCUUUCCAGGGCACCCAGAGCGCAGCAGGGAGAAGUUCUGAGAAGGGAGAAGGAACUCGCUUCUCCGCGAGCUCUGCGCUCCCUCCAGGAAUGUCUGUUUUCGCGGCAGAGGCGCUGGGCGUCUCGUGGAAGAAGGCGAACGAAGCGGAAAGAAGGGAGGCGGUGACCCCGACCGCACGACAAGAGGUUCUUCUUCGCGGCCAACCCCUCCUCGUCCGGCCGGUCCUUUCUCGAGAAGAAGCCGGAAAACUCAAGGGACAGAGCGGGUGGACGCGGAAGGAAGACAGUGCUUCGCGGAGACACCUGAACCUCGCAUUCGAGGGAAUGAUUUCUCCCAAGAGUGCAGCGUUUGAGGCGUUGCCCCCCGCGGAGCAGCGCAGGCGCCUCCAGGCGUGGCGGGAAAAAAAGGAGAAAAUGAAAAAUCCGAACUACUUCGUUAACCCCACUCGCCUCAGUGUGCGGAAUUUGCCGACUUCGACGAGUGCCAAUGAACUGCGGGAGACGAUGUCUCACUUCCUCCUCAAGUCGCCAGCGUUUGCAGAGUUUGAGUCUUCUCGCCUCGCGCAGAGAGAAGCCGAGCGAGAGGCGAGAAAACGGCGAGAAGCGAACACCGCAGGUGCAGAGAAAUCGACACAGGGAGAAGGCCAGAAUCCUCGCGUCACGGACUUCUCGCUUCUCCACCCCAAGCAGCAGAGACGCCUCGCUGAGCAGGCGAUCCUGAAGGUUCGCAUCAUUCGCGACAAGGAACGGCGCCGGGCUACGUCGUCGCAAGAGAAUGGCUCGACAACGAAGGAGAAGCGUUCCCUCGGCUUUGCGUUUGUGGACUGUUCGCACGCAGAGGUAGCGAAGCUUUUGCUGAAUUUCCUUGGCAUGUGCACCAGUGAUGACUUCUUGCCGGAGAACCUCGCAGCGCAGAAGCAGGGUGGAGAAACCGAAGAGGAGACGCCUCGCCACGGCCGCACCAUGUGGAGGCGACUGAUGGUGGAGUAUGCAAUGGAGGACGCACGGAAAGUAAAACUCAAGGAGGAAAAGAGUCGAGCUUAUGUGCAGAUGCUCGAGAGACAGAAGAAGAAGAACCAAGGAGGAGAGGAAGGCGAUGAACAGCCCGGGUCGGGAAAGGCAUCGCUUCCAAAGAAACUGAAAACUUACAGUCGAGGCAAGCGACAACGCGAGCGCCGCCGCCAGGCGCGCCUCGCUGUGGCCGGCGUGACUGAUCCUCAGACUUCGCUGCACGGCGUAGGAAGAGAAAAGCCAAGAGAGAAGAACAAGGUGCCCGAGCAGAGCAGCGAAGGACAGAAGAAGCUCUCGAGAGCUUCCGUGAACGAGAGCAAGCGUCCGAAGGAAGCCAAGAAGAGGAAGAAAAACCGAGAAGACGACGAGGCGUCCGCUGGGGACGAAAUUCUCGUCUUUGAUGAGGAAGGUGAAACUGACGAGUCACGCAUCUACCCCAAACGCAUAAAAUCGCACGCUGACUCUCGACGACGAAGGAAGCGCCAACGUCGGUCCGAACAAGACAAUGAAAACCUUGAGGAUGAAUAUCUGAAGAGCAGAGUUCAAUUUCUCCUCAGCAACCAAGGAUGAGGGAAACAAGAGAAGAAAGUGACUUUCUAGCUUUUCCAACUGAGUAAUUCCCCCCGUCUCAACGUUGUUUCUAAAAAUAUGUUAUCUUUUUCGGCUGUCUUCCGCUGGCAUUCGCUCUGCCUUGAAAUUUCCGAAAAAUCAAGAAGCCAAGUUUGCACCCGCUGUCGCUACGUGGGCAGGUUGUCUCUGUUCCUCUCCCGCAUCUUCUAUCUCUGUCUGUUUCUGUGGUUUACCGUUGCCAUUAUUUAUUGCUAGUCUGUCUUUACCUUUAACCAUUUGCCAGCCCCUGCCAGCGGCAUCUUAUGCUGCGCCGACCUCCUUUUCGCUUUUUUGUUGCCGACGAUCUUCUGUCCCUGCCAUCUGGGCCAGCGCCGCCUCUCCUUGAGUGCUAUCUUCUAGGUUUCUUUCCGUUUUCUGGUUAACCUAAAUCAGUCUCCAUGUGAACCCAGGACAUCCUCUUGUGCCCGAGAGUCUUCGUGGUGUUUGUCUGUCACCCGUUUCGAUUUCAAUGCGUUCAACGUGUGUGUCUUCGUGAGAAACGGCUUGAGCCCAUCAGAAACCCCGAUUUCAGUCUGUCGCACGCAGGAACCAAUGUAACGCUG